AUGAGUCCUGAACGAUUGGAGCAUUUGUUAAGUUUAGUUGCACCAUAUAUGAAGAAACGAAGUUGCCGGAGUAGAGAAACAAUCUCAAUUAAACAAAGAUUGGUGGUUACACUACGAUAUCUUGCCACAGGUGACUCACAAGAAUCCCAAUUAUUCAAUUUUCGAAUUGGUAGAAGCACAGUGUGUAUGAUCAUAAGAGAAGUUUGUGAUGCAAUUUGGAAAGCAUUACGAGAUGAGUACUUGAAGCUUCCCAAGUCAGAAAGGGAAUGGCAUGGUGUUGCAGAAGAGUUUCUUCAGGAAUGGGGGUUCCCUCAUUGUAUUGGAGCUAUCGAUGGAAAGCAUGUAAACAUCGACUGUCCCGAAAAUGCUGGAUCUCUCUUUUACAACUAUAAAAAUUAUCACAGUACUGUGAUCAUGGCGAUUUGUGAUGCAAAGUAUAGGUUUUUAUUUGUGGACAUUGGAAGCUACGGGCGUGACAAUGAUGCAGCUAUAUUUUCACAAACUGAGAUAAAUAAAAAAAUAGAAAAUGGGCAACUUGGCAUACCAGGACCGUCUAUGGUUAGUGAAUAUAUGUUGCCUUAUGUUAUCACUGGAGAUGACAUUUUUCCGUUGAAAACCUGGUUGAUGAAACCAUUUCCUGGAAAAGGUCUUACUCAAGAACAAGCUAUAUUUAAUUAUCGAUUGUCUAGAUGCAGACGAACCAUUGAAAACACCUUUGGAAUACUGGCAGCUAGGAGGAGAAUUUAUAGACGACCAAUUCGAGCUGCAAUUACAACUGUAGAUCUUAUUGUUCAAGCAACUGUAUGCUUGCAUAAUUAUUUGUCAUUAACUCAAAACGCAUAUUAUAUUCCAAAAGGUUUUGUUGAUGCUGAAGAUGGAUCUGGGAAUAUUAUUAAUGGGGAAUGGAGACACAUCACGCAAGGGGAUGAGAGCACUUUGCAAGCAGUUCGACGAGUUGGGAGCAAUUCUUAUUCAUUUACUGCAAAGUCUGUGAGAGAGCAUUAUUGUGAAUAUUUUAACAGCAACAAUGGAGCCUUGCCCUGGCAGCUAGAUUAUGUUAGAUACUGUGGAAAAAGAUGCCGAAAUGUUUAUCAGCUAAAUAUAAAUUUGCAAAAUACAAUAUUUGGGUCUAUAUGUAAUCCUGAAAACCCUAAUGUAAAGGGAGGAAUUUGUAAACAAGCAAUAAUAAUUCAUCUAUUUAAAGUUCUUAACUUCUUUUAA